UUUUUAUAUAAACCCUAACCCUCCAUGCAUUAAACUCAAACCACACAAAUUCCUCUCUAAAUAUGAAGUUCCUUUCAGCUGCAAUUUGCCUGCUCCUCCUCAUUUUUGGCACUGGCAUGGCGCCAAUGGUUGCAGAGGCCAGGCUUUGCGAAACUCCGAGCCACAAUUUCAAGGGGCUAUGCUUUAGUAGCAACAACUGUGGCCAUGUGUGCAAGGGAGAGGGGUUUAACGAUGGCGCUUGCAAGGGCUUCCGCCUUCGGUGCAUAUGCUCAAAGCACUGUGUUUGAUAUUUCUUCAUCAACUAUUUGUCUAUUUCUAAAUGUAGACACUUAAAAACUUGUAUGAAUAAAGUGGGCAUCUUCUUUGGCUCCUCCUUCCUUUCU